GAGGAAAAGGCGGGGAGCCAUAAAGAGCUGCAGCUCUGCUCUUCCAGCCAGUGUGGAGAUGUGGAUGGACUGGCUUUUCUAAUAGCGUCUGAGGUGGACCUCACUGCAAACAUCACCCUGCUUUGUAGUGCCUAACCAUGGACUAUGUGUCUGCUGUCCUGAGUGUGCUCAGCUGUGUGCUUUUGGGUGAUGCUCUCGACAUUGCAGACCUGACCUUAAUAAACCCAGACACCAUAAUAACGUCACCUGAAUCCUCACUCCACUGUGUCAGUAGUGACUGGAAGGCUCCAGGUUCCAUCAGCAUAGGCCCAGAAUUUUCUGUGCCUGACCAACAGACCCUCAAAGUUGUUCAGGACACGACCUAUCAAGCGGCUUCCAAGAUCACAUGGGAAACGCAAAACAUCGGCUUUGGAGCAUUCUACUGUAGGGUGAAAAACGUUGACCCCAUCGAGAAAGUCUACACACUGAAGAUGUCAAAUGAAGCUGCCUUCCAUCCAGAAUCAUUAACUAUCACUGCCAGCAUUAACGAAAACGUCAACAUUUCUUUCAUACGCAAAAUCGUUGUGGCAGAAGAUGCAGUCAUUUUUAAAAACUGGUGCUUCAUCCACUCUGUCCCAAAGUCCGAAGUCCCAGAAGGUGUCCUGCACUCCAUCAGAGCCGUGAAGACUGAAGACGCAGGCCUGUAUACGGCCAGAUACAUUGCGGGGACCAACGCGUCAUCUGCUAUCACCAGGCUGAUAGUAAGAAAGUGUCCAGCUGGUAUGUGGGGACACGACUGUUCACAGUCUUGUCCACAGUGCCAGAACGGAGGUGUGUGUCAUGACGAAACAGGCCACUGCAUUUGUCCCCCCGGGUUCAAAGGUUGUACCUGUGAGACAGUUUGUGGGAGCGGCAGGUUCGGGAGAACCUGCAAGGAGAGCUGUGAGGACGGCAGCUGUCGCGCGGUGGUCUUCUGCCUCCAGGACCCGUACGGCUGCUCCUGCGCCGCCGGCUGGAGAGGCCUGAACUGCAGCGAAGCCUGUCCUGGCGGUUUUUACGGCGCUGGCUGCAAACUGCGAUGUGCCUGCGGGGACCGCGGCUCGUGCGACCGCUUCCGCGGCUGCAUCUGUGCUGGACGACAUGGGGCUCGCUGUGAGAACAAGGAUGAAGCCCCAGUUGUGGUUAGCAGGCCUAGAGACACCGAGCUGAACUCGGAGGUGACGUACACAGCCAACUGCACAGCUGCUGGAGCUCCUGCUCCCCUACAUGGGGAGAUCAUCCUGCUGAAGCCGAAUGGAACUGCUGUAUAUGCAAUAGACAGUGAAACCUUAAACAACCAAACCACUUCCCAGUUCAGAGUGGAGAAGAUCUCAUUGCAGGACCAUGGGGUCUGGCUCUGCCAGGUGACGACGAGAUCGGGACGGCAGGAAAGGCCUUUUAAUGUCAGCGUUAAAGACCCCCCACUUCCAUCUGGAGUAAAACUAGUUCCAGAGAGCCAGACCUCACUGAGCCUGUCAUGGGAGAGGAUGGAAGAGUUGGCUAAGGAGGAAUGGACUUAUCGAGUAGUUUGCCAUGAGAGCGCGGAGCCGGCAAGCAAUAAAACGUAUCAUUUACUGUGGAACUCCACUGGCGUUCAGCUCACACACCUGAAGCCCAGGCAAAAAUAUGAGUGCGGAGUGUGUGUGAUGGCAGGUGGAAGAUGCCGGUACAGCCAGAUGCAGCCGGUGGCGGCAUGGACCCUCAGCAAUGAUCUUCCACCUCCACCUUAUGGUGUUGAGGCAUGCAACGUCACAGACUCUUCAGCCACCAUCAAAUGGAACUUGAGAGAAGGGAACUCCAUCUGUAAGGUCAGCAUUCGCUUCCAGGUGGCCGACCUGCUUGCUAUCUCUCAGAUGGCCGAGAUAAACGUGCAAGACCUUCCAGCUCUGCAGUUCCAGUUCACGGGCCUCAAGGCCAACACGUCAUAUCUGGUGGAGAUUUGGGUCAAGAACAAUAUUGGGGAGAGCCACGAUAAUCCGCGGAUCCAGCUCAAGACCUUACUAGAAAAUGCUUCUGGGCUCUACAUGUUCGGCAGCGCCAGCAACAUGCUCUUCUUUGCCAUCUUGGGCUCCGCUGGGAUGACGUGCAUCACCAUACUGUUAGCCUUCUGCAUCGUGUUACAGCUGAAGAGAGCCAGUUUCCAGCGUAGGAUGGUGCAGGCCUUCCAGAACAUUGUGCGAGAGGAGCCUGUGGUUCAGUUCAGCUCCGGGUCUCUCACCAUGACAAAGAAGACCAAGAAGCAGCCAGAGCCUGUACCCUACCCAGCGCUCCAGUGGAACGACAUUAAGUUUCAGGACGUCAUUGGUGAGGGAAACUUUGGCCAAGUGUUGAAGGCACGGAUUAAAAAGGACGGGCUAAGGAUGGACGCUGCAAUCAAGAGAAUGAAAGAAUAUGCCUCAAAAGACGACCACAGGGACUUUGCAGGAGAGCUGGAAGUGCUUUGCAAGCUUGGCCACCAUCCAAACAUUAUCAAUUUGUUGGGUGCUUGUGAGCACAGAGGUUAUCUGUACCUGGCCAUUGAGUACGCUCCUCAUGGAAACCUGCUGGACUUCCUGCGGAAAAGCCGAGUAUUGGAGACAGACCCGGCCUUUGCCAUCGCCAACAGCACCGCCUCCACCCUCUCCUCGCAGCAGCUGCUGCACUUCGCUGCGGACGUGGCGCGAGGCAUGGACUACCUGAGCCAGAAGCAGUUUAUCCACAGAGAUCUCGCAGCCAGAAACAUCCUAAUGGGGGAAAAUUUUGUGGCAAAGAUAGCAGACUUUGGACUCUCCAGAGGUCAGGAGGUGUAUGUGAAGAAGACCAUGGGGCGCCUGCCUGUGAGGUGGAUGGCGAUUGAGUCCUUAAACUACAGUGUCUACACCACAAACAGCGACGUGUGGUCCUACGGCGUGUUCCUCUGGGAGGUUGUCAGCUUAGGAGGUACGCCGUAUUGUGGGAUGAGCUGUGCCGAGCUGUACGAAAAGCUCCCCCAAGGUUACAGGCUGGAGAAACCCCUCAACUGCGAUGACGAAGUAUAUGACCUAAUGAGGCAGUGCUGGAGAGAGAAACCUUACGAGAGGCCCUCCUUUGCCCAGAUUCUGGUGUCUCUGAGCAGGAUGCUUGAAGAGAGAAAGACCUAUGUGAACACCACCUUGUAUGAGAAGUUCACCUACGCCGGCAUUGACUGUUCUGCAGAAGAAGCAGGAUAAUACUUUCGGUUUGUUUUUUAAAGUGUCCAUAAGAUGUGUAACACGCUGUAUGCAGUUUUAGUAAAAUAUCCCUAAGACGUGUAACGCACUGUACCCUAUUUCAGCGAAAUAUGCAUAGACAUGACAUGCUGUACACAGUUUUAGUAAUCCCUAUUUGGGAAUUCAUAGACUACUGUUUUACACACGUUGUGUAUUUCAAUCGAUGGACUAACGUGGGAAACACAAUCAAGCUUUAUUCCCUGAAUUUAUAUGUGGUGCACAUGUUUGUUUCAUGGCACGGCCCUGAGGGUGAAAUGCUGGUCCUCAGUGAUGGAAUCGACAGUCAUCAGCAUCACUUUGGUGUAAAUAAAGUCUUUAUCGUGA